AUGGCCCUGUACGGUGCACCGAUGUGGGCAGAUGCCCUCAACGCACCGAACAGGGCCCUCCUCCGCAGGCCGCAACGCAUAAUUGCGGCGCGUGCGUGUCGGGCCUACCGUACGGUAGGCCACGCGGCGGCCUGCGUUUUAGCCGGCACCCCUCCGUGGGAAAUAGAGGCGGGCGUGCUGUCCGAAGCCUACUGGGCGCGGGCAACACAAAGAGCUCGGGGCGAAGCCCCGGCUCCAGAGGAGCUCUCCCGCGCCCGGGAGGCGAGGAGAAAGACGACCGUGGAGCUCUGGGCGAGUGGCCUAGCGCACGCCCAAUAUGCGCACCAUAGAGGCCAUACGCCCACAGCUCCCGGAGUGGUGUGGGAGGAGCCACGGCUCCCUUACCUUCCGACUGACACAGGUGUAAAGAAUAAUAAAAAGGAGGUAUAA